GAUAAAAGCUAGCAGUGUUUUUACAUUGCAUUUUAAAUGCACCGUUACGUCAAAACCGGAAGUGUACAAGCUAACGUUCACAUCUGCUCGUCGGUUCUGGAGGACUCAAAUAAGGUUACCUUGUCAUACUCGGUGUGCGCUUUGGUCAACAUCUGGAUGAUGUCCACUACCUUCCCUUCUUCACCUCGGACGACGCCCAUGCUGCCUCCUGCUGCUGCGGCUGCUGCUGUUGAUGAUGAUGAUGACCCUGCUGCGCCUCUUCCUGGGGACAACCAGCCGCCCUGAGACUGGGCCACCGCCUGCUCGUGUUGGGUCAGACUACACACACACACACAUAUAAAGCUCUUUAUACGGGAUAAUUUACAAUGUAAUCAUUAGUUAUAAUUAGUUUAAGAAAUGAGCAAGCCAAGAGUUACGCAAGCACUUACGUUGUCAUCCUCUGGGCGAUGCGUUGGCAGUCCGCCUUGUCGUAGAACCAAAUGCCGUGGAUAACCACUGGGGAGAGAGAGAGAGGGAUAUUUUAUUAUACGUGCAACAAAGGCCUGCCUCCAAAAAUCAAGUUAUCAGUCUGCCACAUCAUGAAAAUAGCCCUUUGGUUCGGCCCGCUAAGGUCAGCAGACGACGGAAUGAGAUUGGCUUGUGAUACUUUAUUCAUUUCCGAGAAAGAUACAUUGUUCUUUCUUCCUGAAAGUUUCUCCCAUCACGCAGAGUCCUAACAAGCCGCGUAUGUUUGCACAACAACACACUGAGUCGGCCACCAAGGAGCCUGGGAAAAAGUCAGCCCAGCACCAAAUAAGUCACUGCCUGCUGGACGCACUUAGUGCUCACUGGGGAUGGAACCCAACCAGAGUGAGGCUAGAUGAUGGGUGUGUUAGUGGCGACGAGAUGGUCCACAACACGGAAGAAGAGAGGAGAGGGAGUGUGUGAAAGAGUGAGCGGAGAUAGAGGGGGGCUUAAGUCACCAAAGAGAAGAGAGUGGGACAUCUCUCCGUUGCAUGACGCAGAGGGGCGACUUCAGGAGACGUUGUAGUAGAUUCUCACCCAGCCAAACUUCACUUUUCACCAGGAUCUACCUUUCUGAUGACUUGUGCUCUAAUGUGAGACCAGAUUAAGUUUGCAGGCGCCCACUUCCUGCUGAGAUGUGGCAAUGAGGACAUUGAAGGCGCCCAGACAUUAAUUUACAGGACCUCCAUGCUUUCACCGACUUUGAGUCAACCAUGCUGAGGGGCCUUUUCACCAGGAAACCCAAGCACCAACGCCUGCAGGAGGAACCCGAAGUGCGCUUUAAAGGCCACCUGGUGUCCGAGACCAACCUGGGCUACACGUACGUGCAACCUGGAGGCUCCGACUACUCCCCUCCUCCCCCACUCCCUCGCCCGCCUCCCCCCGCCCUGACCAACGAGCACCCCGGGGAUCACGAUGGAGGCGGGGUCACGCGCGGCGUCGUGGGUGUGGUGGGCCUGGCCCCCGAGCACAUACCCACGCCGGGCGCCGCUCUAAGCUGGCAGGCCGCCAUUGAUGCGGCGCGCCAGGCUAAAAUGAUGGGAAAUGCGGCCUCGGGCGGCGGUGGUGGUGGCGGCGGCGGCGGGGCGGGGCUGGCAUCGGGAGGAGGCGGGCCCAUCUCCACGGCCAGCUCCACGCAGAGGAAGCGGCAGCACUACAGCUCUAAGCCCAAGAAACAGACCACUACCACGGCCACGCGGCCCCCCAGGGCCCUGCUCUGCCUCACACUCAAGAACCCCAUAAGACGGGCCUGCAUCAGCAUCGUGGAGUGGAAACCCUUCGAGAUCAUCAUCCUGAUGACCAUUUUCGCUAACUGUGUGGCCUUAGCCGUCUACAUCCCCUUCCCUGAAGACGACUCCAACGCCACCAACUCCAAUCUGGAGCGCGUGGAGUACCUGUUCCUCAUCAUCUUCACCGUGGAAGCGUUCCUGAAGGUGAUAGCCUACGGCUUACUCUUCCACCCCAAUGCCUACCUGAGGAACGGAUGGAAUCUGCUGGACUUCAUCAUCGUAGUCGUCGGGUUGUUCAGUGCCAUCUUGGAGCAGGCUACUAAAGGCGACGGUGCCGCUCCCAUCGGAGGAAAGGCGGCGGGCUUCGAUGUCAAGGCCCUGAGGGCGUUCCGAGUACUCCGACCCCUCCGACUGGUCUCUGGAGUACCCAGUUUACAGGUAGUUCUGAACUCCAUCAUCAAAGCCAUGGUUCCUCUGCUUCACAUCGCCCUGCUGGUCCUCUUCGUCAUCAUCAUCUACGCCAUCAUCGGCCUGGAGCUCUUUAUGGGCAAGAUGCACAAGACCUGCGUCCACGGGCACACAGGCACAGCAGCGGAGGAAAAACCAGCCCCCUGCGCCCCCGACGGGGCCUACGGCCGCCACUGCUCCCACAACGGCACCAAGUGCAAAAUGGGCUGGGAGGGCCCCAACGACGGCAUCACCAACUUCGACAACUUCGCCUUUGCCAUGCUGACCGUCUUCCAGUGCAUCACCAUGGAGGGAUGGACCGACGUGCUGUACUGGAUGCAGGAUGCUAUGGGCUAUGAGCUGCCAUGGGUCUAUUUUGUCUCUCUCGUCAUCUUCGGCUCCUUUUUCGUCCUCAAUCUGGUUCUGGGGGUGUUGAGUGGAGAGUUCUCCAAGGAACGAGAGAAGGCCAAGGCUCGCGGUGACUUCCAGAAACUCCGAGAAAAACAGCAGCUGGAGGAGGAUCUCAAGGGCUACUUAGACUGGAUCACUCAGGCUGAAGACAUCGACCCGGAGAACGAAGAGGAAGGCUUGGAUGAUGACAAACCCAGAAACUUGAGCAUGCCGGCUAGCGAGAAUGAAAGCGUCAACACUGACAAUGCACCAGGGGGCGACGUGGAGGGCGAGACCUGCUGUACCCGCCUGGCAAAUAGGAUCUCCAAAUCCAAGUUCAGUCGCUACUUCCGCAGGUGGAACCGACUGUGCAGACGCAAGUGUCGGGCAGCGGUCAAAUCGCAGGUUUUUUACUGGCUGGUCAUCUUCCUGGUUUUCCUCAACACGCUGACCAUCGCCUCGGAGCAUCACCAGCAGCCUCAGUGGCUGACAGACGUGCAAGACAUAGCCAACAAAGUGUUGCUAGCGCUGUUCACGGGCGAGAUGCUGUUGAAGAUGUACAGUCUGGGCCUUCAGGCGUACUUUGUGUCGCUGUUCAACCGCUUCGACAGCUUUGUGGUGUGUGGCGGCAUCCUGGAGACCAUCCUGGUGGAAACCAAGAUCAUGUCGCCCCUCGGCAUCUCCGUGCUGCGUUGCGUGCGAUUGCUGCGAAUCUUUAAAAUUACCAGAUACUGGAACUCUCUCUCCAACCUGGUGGCCUCCUUGCUCAACUCCGUGCGCUCCAUCGCCUCCCUGCUGCUCCUGCUCUUCCUCUUCAUCAUCAUCUUCUCCCUCCUGGGCAUGCAGCUCUUUGGCGGCAAGUUCAACUUUGAGGAGACGCGCCGCAGCACAUUCGACAACUUCCCGCAGUCGCUGCUGACCGUCUUCCAGAUCUUAACCGGAGAGGACUGGAACUCUGUGAUGUACGAUGGCAUCAUGGCGUACGGGGGGCCGUCCUUCCCCGGAAUGCUGGUCUGCAUCUACUUCAUCAUACUCUUCAUCUGCGGAAACUACAUCCUACUCAAUGUCUUCUUGGCCAUCGCUGUGGACAACCUCGCUGAUGCGGAGAGCCUGACAUCUGCCCAGAAGGAGGAAGAAGAGGAGAAGGAGCGAAAGAAGCUGGCCAGACUGGGUACUCCAGACAAGCGUCACAACAACGAGAAGCCUCCGCUGGAGGAGGAGAAGAGGGAGAAGAUUGAGUUGAAGUCCAUCACGUCCGAUGGCGAGACCAACACCGCCACCAAGAUCAACAUGGAUGAUUACUGCGGAGAUGAAAGUGAGGAGAAGAAUCCAUAUCCUGCUAAUGAUUACAUAGGUGACGAGGAAGACGACGAACCAGAGAUGCCAGUCGGCCCGAGACCGCGACCCCUCUCGGACAUCCAGCUGAAAGAGAAAGCCAUCCCCAUGCCCGAGGCCCGCGCCUUCUUCAUCUUCAGCCACACCAACAAAUUCAGGGUCCUCUGCCAUAAAAUAGUCAACCACAACAUCUUCACCAACCUCAUCCUCUUCUUCAUCCUGCUCAGCAGCAUCAGUCUGGCUGCAGAGGACCCGGUCAAGAAUGACUCCUUCAGAAACCAGAUUCUGGGCUAUGCAGACCACGUCUUUACUGGGCUCUUCACCAUAGAGAUCAUUCUCAAGAUGACAGCCUACGGGGCCUUCCUCCAUAAAGGCUCCUUCUGCAGGAACUACUUCAACAUCCUGGACUUGGUGGUCGUCAGCGUUUCGCUCAUCUCCUCCGGGAUACAACUAGACUUCUCGACGUCCAGUGCAAUUAACGUGGUGAAGAUCCUGAGGGUUCUCCGAGUGCUUCGACCUCUGAGGGCCAUCAACAGAGCCAAAGGCCUGAAGCACGUGGUUCAGUGCGUAUUCGUGGCCAUCAGGACCAUCGGCAACAUCGUCAUCGUUACCACGUUGCUCCAGUUCAUGUUCGCCUGCAUCGGAGUGCAGCUCUUUAAGGGCAAGUUCUUCUUCUGCACGGACAGCUCCAAGCAGACUCAGGCGGAAUGCAGGGGGUCGUACAUCAUGUACAAAGACGGCGACGUGGCCAAACCCGAACGGGCGCAAAGACACUGGAACAACAGCGACUUUAACUUUGAUGACGUUCUGCAAGGCAUGAUGGCUCUUUUUGCUGUGUCCACCUUUGAGGGCUGGCCAGGGCUGCUCUACAAGGCCAUCGACUCUCACGCCGAGGACGUGGGCCCCAUCUACAACUACCGCGUGGUCAUCUCCAUCUUCUUCAUCAUCUACAUCAUCAUCAUCGCCUUCUUCAUGAUGAACAUCUUCGUUGGUUUCGUCAUCGUCACGUUCCAGGAGCAAGGCGAGCAGGAGUACAAGAACUGCGAGCUGGACAAGAACCAGCGCCAGUGCGUGGAGUACGCCUUGAAGGCCCGCCCCCUGCGCCGCUACAUCCCUAAGAACCCGUACCAGUACAAGGUUUGGUACGUGGUCAACUCCAGCUACUUUGAGUACCUGAUGUUCACCCUCAUCCUUCUCAACACCAUCUGUCUGGCCAUGCAGCAUCACGGCCAGACAAAGAACUUCAAUGACGCUAUGAACAUCCUCAACAUGCUCUUCACGGGGCUCUUCACCGUGGAGAUGAUCCUCAAGCUCAUCGCCUUCAAGCCCAGGGGGUACUUUAGUGAUCCCUGGAAUGUCUUUGAUUUCCUCAUCGUAAUUGGAAGCAUAAUAGACGUCAUUCUCAGUGAGAUCAACCCAGCUGACUCCUCCUCGUCCUCCUCCUCCUCCUCUUCGUCCUCCUCCUCUUCCUCCUCUCACCCCCCUGUGGUAAGGCCAAUGGGGCUGCAGAACUCGGAAGAGAACGCCCGCAUCUCCAUCACCUUCUUCCGGCUUUUCCGUGUGAUGAGGCUGGUGAAGCUGCUGUCCCGCGGGGAGGGGAUCCGCACCCUCCUGUGGACCUUCAUCAAGUCCUUCCAAGCUCUACCGUACGUCGCUCUGCUUAUCGUGAUGCUCUUCUUCAUUUAUGCCGUCAUCGGCAUGCAGAUGUUCGGGAAGAUAGCGCUGCAGGAUCACACACAGAUCAACAGGAACAACAACUUCCAGACGUUCCCUCAGGCCGUGCUGCUGCUCUUUAGGUGUGCGACAGGUGAGGCCUGGCAGGAGAUCAUGCUGGCCUGCUCGCCCAACAAGACGUGCGAGAAGGGCUCCACCAAUGAGAACAGCACCACCCACGAGGACUGCGGCAGCCAGUUUGCCAUCAUCUACUUUGUCAGCUUCUACAUGUUGUGUGCCUUCCUGAUCAUUAAUCUAUUUGUGGCUGUCAUCAUGGACAACUUUGACUACCUGACCCGUGAUUGGUCCAUCCUGGGGCCGCAUCACCUUGACGAGUUCAAGAGGAUCUGGGCCGAGUACGACCCGGAAGCCAAGGGAAGGAUAAAGCACCUGGAUGUGGUCACCCUGCUGAGAAGAAUCCAGCCCCCACUCGGCUUUGGAAAGCUGUGUCCUCACAGGGUGGCAUGCAAGCGCCUGGUGUCCAUGAACAUGCCCCUGAACAGCGAUGGCACCGUCAUGUUCAACGCCACGUUGUUUGCACUGGUUCGAACCGCACUGAGGAUCAAGACGGAAGGUAAUCUGGAGCAAGCCAACGAAGAAUUGAGGGCUAUCGUGAAGAAGAUCUGGAAAAGAACCAGCAUGAAGCUCCUGGAUCAAGUAGUGCCCCCUGCUGGCGAUGACGAGGUUACCGUUGGAAAGUUCUACGCCACCUUCCUCAUUCAGGAGUAUUUCCGCAAGUUUAAGAAGAGGAAAGAACAAGGACUGGUGGCCAAGGUGCCGCCUAAAACCGCCCUCUCACUGCAGGCGGGCCUGCGGACUUUGCACGACAUCGGCCCAGAGAUCAGGAGAGCCAUCUCUGGUGACCUGACCGUGGAAGAGGAGGUAGACAAAGGCCUGAAGGAGCCCGUGUCGGCUGCUUCCGAGGACGAUAUCUUCAGGGUAAAGCGCUCAGGCGGCUUGUUCGGCAACCACGUCAACUACUACAACCAGAGCGACGGGCGCGCCUCCUUCCCGCAGUCAUUCACCACCCAGCGCCCGCUGCACAUCAGCCAGAAGGGCUCGCCCUGCGAAGGCGAGAGCCCGUCCCACGAGAAGCUCAUGGACUCCACCACCUUCACACCGUCCUCGUACUCCUCGUCGGGCUCCAACGCCAACAUCAACAACGCCAACAACACAGGCGUGACGGGCGGGGUCGCGCAGGGCGUCGCCGGCCGCUUCCCGAGCCCGUCCGUCAGCACCGUGGACGGCCACGCGGGGCCGCCGCUCACGCCCAUCUUGCUCCCCCGAUCGGCUUGGUGCUUCCCUCCGAAGAGCUCCGACUCCAGCGACAGCCGCCUGCCAAUCAUCCGGAGAGGCGAGGGAUCGACGGAGGAGACGUACGACGAGAGCUACGCCGACGAUAGGGACUUCCACGAGGACGACCACUCGCUCUCCUCUGACAUGCUGGUGUACCGUGACGACACCUGCAAGCAGCUGACUCCCAUGGAGGAAGGAGAGGACGUGGAGGACAGGAGAGGAGGAUGGCAGUCUCCCAGGAGGGUUUUCCUCUGUCCGACCUCUUUAGGGCGGAGAUCCUCCUUCCAUCUUGAGUGUCUGAGGAGGCAGUCCCGGCCAGACGUCUCGCAGAAGACGGCGGUACCGCUGCACCUAGUACAUCACCAGGCGUUGGCGGUAGCCGGGUUGAGUCCGCUGAUAAGGAGGAGUCACUCCCCCACCCUCUUCAGUCGACUGUGCUCCACGCCUCCAGCCAGUCCCACAGCGCAAGGCAGCAACGCCUCGUAUCAGCGGGUGCCUUCGCUGAGGUUAGAGGGCUCCAACUCGCACGAAAAGCUCAACACCAGCCUGCCCUCGGUCAACUGCGGGCCCUGGUAUAGCGACAGUAACGGGAACAGUCGGGUACCAAGCCCAAGCCCCGCCUCCGGCAUCCUGCCGACCACUCAGAGAGCAUCUCGACCGGUGUCGCUCACAGUGCCCUCACUACUGGGGACGGACUCCAGCUCUCACGGCAGCGCCGGAAGUCUGGUGGAGGCGGUCCUAAUAUCAGAAGGGUUGGGCCAGUUUGCGCAGGACCCCUCCUUCAUCGAGGCCACCAAGGCCGAGCUGGCCGACGCCUGCGACAUGACCAUCGAGGAGAUGGAGCACGCCGCCAGCAACAUCCUCAACGGCAACACCGCCGGCGCCGCGUCCACCACCGCCGCCGCCCCCCAGCACAGCCCCAACGGCAACCUCCUCCCCUUCGCCGCCGCCGCCACACACAGGGACCAAGACGGCGGGGAGAGCGCAGCAAACAGGGGCUCCGUCCACGGACCGUCCUCUGUGGAGGAGCGGCAGGAGCUGCUGGCGGGGGGGCGGGACCAGGAGGACGAGGAGGAGGCGGAGCUCAGGAGCUCUGCUGUGAUUGGUGGAGGAGGGCGGCAGAGGAACAGCGGGCUGUUGGAGGAUGAGGACAUGGAGUGUGUGACCAGUUUGUAGGGCGUUUGCUGGACAGCUUAGACCACCCCCGUCCCCUUGCCCCCGUUACCCGCCUCCCCCCCCCCCCCCCCCCCACACACACACACACAGUCUGCCUCUCCUCUCCGAACAAUGGCAGCCAGUGACGCGACCUCUUUGUACGUCUGAAUGUUUGUAGUAAAGUAUAUCACAUUAUACUCUAUAUUAUCAGAGUGUACGCUUGUGUGUGUGUGUGUGUGUGUGUGUGCGUGCGUGUCCCCUCUUUGUACGCACAUUACUGUGUGUGUGUGUGUGUGUGUGUGUGUGUGUGUGCGAGAGUGUGUGUGUCUCUAAAGUGCCUCACAGUUCUAUCACGUCCUCAAAGUGUGACGAGCAAAGCAGAUGAAGGGAAAAAAAAAAGUCGCCCCUUGUCGCCCUUAUUUUCCCGCCGUCCGUCUGGCCGCCAUCGAGGCGGCGUGGGGGACGGCGAGUACGAAGGCGGACGUUCAAAGAGAUUAAAGGCCUACCCCUUCUCCUCCUCCUCCUCGUUCUCCUCACCGAUGAUGAAGAAGCGCUGUAUCGUUUAAAAAAAAAAAAUCCUCCCUUGUCACUCCUAUUUUUUUCCAAAGUUAAAGGAGCGCCCCCAACAAGAGGGGGCGGGGCAAGGCGAAGGGCGGACCAAUACACACAACAACAACAAAAAAAAACUUUGAGCGACACCUCCAUCUGGCUUCCUUUGCUGCUUUACUUUGCCCACUUUUCCUUUUCUCCUCAUACCUCACCCUUCCUUCCCUCCCCCCCAUGAUAUUUGGGUUUUGAGGGGGGGGAGUGUUUUGGAACAGGACUGUCAAUCAUUUCCUCCUCCCCACGGGAUUGGAUGGCGCUCGCUCCACAAGCCAUGCCCACUCUAUUUAACCUGGCUCGCCUUUUUUUGUUGUUUUUCUACUGGUGAUGUUUUUAAUUUAUCCUUGAUUUGUUUGCACAAGCGGGGUGCUGGUCUUUAUAAUUGUGUUCAUUUUAGGUGAAUUUUAAGUGUGUGUGUGUGUGUGUGUGUGUGUGUGUGUGUGUGUGUGUGUGUGUGAGUGUUCUUUCUCUCGAUCAGUAUGCACCUUUUACAGAUUGUAUCUAUUUAUUUAUUUAUUUUCCCAGAAGAGAGAAGAAUGUGUGUUUUGAGUGGUUACUUAUGUAUUCUUUAAAAACAAACAAAAAAAGAAGCAGAUUUAUAGUAAUUUAAGGUAGCAUAACGAGGAUGUUGUGUGUGUGUGUGUGUGUGUGGUAGUAGGCCUCCUUAACAGGGUUACCACGGACAGGCAUGCUUCCAGAGCUCUAUUUUGGCUUUUAAUCAUCUUUUUUCUUGUUGUUGUUGUUUUAUUUCGAGGUUGACAGGGGUGUAUUUGGCCGUAACACACUGUUAUUAUUAUUAUUAUUAUUAUUAUUAUUAUUAUAAUUUUCACAGAUAAUUCUCUCCAAAUGAACUCUUAGGGCUGAUUUCAAAGAUGCUGCACGAAUCCCUACAUGAAAACAUUGUUUUAAUUUCAUAAAUAGGUGUAUUAUAAGUAGUAUUAUUUUGGGUUUUGGCAGUUUAUCUUGAAGUAGCAAGAAGGAGCAGUGGAAACAGCGCCCCCUCUGGCCACGUGCGGUACAUCACACCAUACAAAAGCAUAGAAAGCCGUUUACAAUGUAUGGCUGCCGUAAUAGUAUAGUAAUUCUCCCUUCCCACCAGUAGAGGGCGGCAUUUAUCCCAAUUCUCAAGUUAACGUUAAAGCGUUGCCUCUGAGGUGGGAAAAGUGAUAUUCCAAACAAAGUUUGUUUGACAUUCCUCAAAGAAGAGCUCUUCUUUCCAGUAUUCCAACAUGAAUUCAGCACCGUUUUACCUGUUUUUGUGGCAGGCAAGCAAACACACCACCACCACACUGCCAGGAACUUCAUAAUUAUGCAAACUAACUGUGAAUGUGAUGUGUGUGUGUGUGUGGCUCCAAAAAUCACUGUUUUUAAUUUAUUAUUAUUAUUAUUAUUAUCUACAGUAAUUAUAAGCGACGUGUUUGCUUCUAGCCGCAGGUUAGUAUAGUUCAUUUCAAUUUAAAGGUCCUGUCAUUUCAUCGAUUUACUUGAAGGCCCCGUUGACCAUUCCCUGAAAUUGUGUUGAGAAUUUUGUUUUCCAGAGAAAUCCAGUCCUGGAUUGGAGAGGUAUGUGUAACUGUGUGGACAGGAGAAAUGAUUGCUGCGUGUUUUUCCCUGCAUCCCACAAGAUAUGCAAAAACAAUGCAAUAACUUGACUGUCUGCAAGGUUUCCCGGCGUAUUUUCCACAAUAUGCCGGAGAAACCUAACAUACUUGAAAUCAGGUGAGAUGCAGUGUUGUAUAAAUAGCGAUGAUGUGUUCAUGUACCUGAUUUUUAUUUUAUUUUUAUUUUUUCUCCAUGUGGUUGUUUGCUUGCAGAACCCUGAAUGGCCUCACUUUGAUUAAUUUGCGUUGCAUGAGGCGGACGUAGCGGGCCGAGGUGUCAGCGUCAUGGUUAGUGUACAUACACAGUCAUUUUUUUUUAGCAAAGAGGUGCUUUUGCAUAUCUUGGGAAAAGGACAGCAGGAGUUUUAUUGUGAAAGGGCUGCUCCAAAGUAAAGCUUAAUUAAUUAAGGGCCUGAUAUUUUUAAAAGAAAUAUUGAUAAUGAACAUAUAAGAAAUGAAUAUGAAUGUGUCGGCGGGAAGGAAGCCCAUAUUUGGUCAUGUUGCAUGAUGGGAAGUAACCCCCAUGUUGGCAAAAGAUGGAGAAGUGUUUUAUUAUUAUUAUUAUUAUUAUUAUUAUUAUUAUUAUUAUUAUGACCUUCCUGCAUGGCUUUAUCCCUCUGGAGCAGGGAUGCACUCGUUCCUUUUUCACAGGAAAAUCAAUGCAGGGGUGUCCAAAGUGCGGCAUGGGGGCAUUCAACAAUAUAUCACAUUAUUAAUAAAAUAAUUUCUAUGGAAAUAAUGAUCUAAAAGGAAGUACUAAAUGAUGAAAUUCAUCCAUUUUUGACGGCGAUGAGAGGCAACAAGCAGCGACCUCCAUCCCGUACAAUGCCCAUCCCCGACCCCGACUAAUAUUGCCUCACCACAGGCCAAUGAUUGUAUAUUUUUAUACAGCAUAUCCGCUAUAAGAGAAUGUUACGGGAAUGUAUUUACCGCCUCGGCAUGAAUUUAUUGGACAGCUCCGACUUGAAAUGACUAUUUUCUCACCCAGAGAGGAAUAUUUAGGAGUAUUUAUUGAAGGGAUAUCAUAGUAUUCGGGGGUAUUACAGUACUGGAAUAUGAAAGAAUGGUAAUAGUUUAAUUUCAUUUGAACAUGCAUCAGAUUACAAUUGAAUGCAUCCCAUAAUCAGUUCACAGUUCCACAUGUCCAAAAGGAGUAGGAAGAAGCAAAGCUUAUUAAAUCCUACCCCUCCAUCUGGUACUUUUACAAUCAGUAACUGGUACAUUUGUUCACUUCCUGCUUUCUAAAUUAAAUUAAAAUAUUAGUACCAUCUGGUACUUUUACAAUCAGUAAGUGUUACAUUUGUUCACUUCCUGCUUUCUGAAUUAAAUUCAAUUAAAUUAAAUUAAAUUUAGGAUUUAAUAAGCUUAAAUUAGCUUAAAUUAAAUAAAUUAAUUGAUUAAAUAAAUCAUUUAAUUUAAUUUAAGCUAAUGUAAUUAUGUAUUAAAAAAGAAUUUAAUUAUUAAUACCAUCUGGUACUUUUACAAUCAGUAACUGUUACAUUUGUUCACUACCUGCUUUCUCAAUUAAAUUAAAUUAAAUAUUAGUACCAUCUGGUACUUUUACAAUCAGUAACUAUUACAUUUGUUCACUUCCUGCUUUUUAAAUUGAAUUAAAUUAAAUUAAGGAUUUAAUAAGCUUAAUUUAGCUUAAAUUAAAUAAAUUAAAUGAUUAAAAAAUUUAAUUUAAUUUAAGCUAAUUUAAUUUAAUUAUGUAUUUAAAAAAUAUUUAAAUAUUAAUACCAUCUGGUACAUUUCAGUAAUUGUUACAUUUGUUCACUUCCUGCUUUCCUAAUAUAAUUUUUUUUUUUCAAUUUUAUUUUUGUCACGUACCAAAGUACGACACAAGAAGUGAUUUCAGAGCUUCGUGGUGUUUUUUCCGUGUGCGUGUGCUAGCCAUCCUCCUGCUGUAGCACCCCUCUUGGAGACUAUUCAAUAUGAUGACGAUGAUUUGAGCAGACCAAAAAAAAAGGACUACGUGUCUCUAUGCUGUCAUUUAGGGAACUAAUGUAGCCUCUUUUACAGUAUUUUGCGUAUUUCCCCCUUCAGUACAUUUAAUCCAGGAAGGGAGUGUGUAGAUGUUUUUGCGCUUAGAGAGGGUUGGAAGCUUAAAAAAAGAGUGUCGUAUAUAUAUAUAUUUAUAUAUACAUAGAACUCUAGCUUCUAUGAUUCUAUUUUAGAUAUGAGAUGGAGAGAUGCUAUAUGAUUUAUGGAGGUUAACAGUGCAAUUCAGUGAUUUUUUUUGUUCAAAAUCAACACACUUGUCGUUUUUUUACGCCACCCCUCCCUUGCUAAGUUUCCUUUUUCGGGUGGGAGAGCGUUCGGUUGGCAGUGCAUGUGCGGAAUUGUUUCAAAAUGACCACCAAAAUAAAUACAAUCGGUUUAUUUUAAGUUUAUUUCCUGUCACACAGUUGCUAUGCACAUCAUCAUGUAGCAACUGAGGCGUGCUUAAUGUUGUGACUUUUUCAUUUUUAACUUUUUGCAGCGUUUUUUCCGACAAAGAGGUGUGUGUGUGUGUGUGUGUAAGGGAAUGUGUGUGUGUGUAGCUUUAAUGAGCCUUUUUUUUUCUUCUUCUUCUUUGUUGGUACUUUUCAAAACUUAUAAACAAGCCGUGGGAAGUGUGCUGCGAGGCGUUCAAAGACCAAUUAAUUUACAUGAUGUAGUAUUCACUGUCACGGCGCCGCUAGUUUACCGUGGACGGAUGAGCUAUACAACGUGUUUGCUAGCGUCGGAGGGCGGGCGGACAUAUUGGAAUGAACACAAGCCACACCCCCCCCUCCUCUGAGGGAGGGGUUCUCAUUGGUCGCCUUGCAUGUUUGACACACCCUUCUUCUUCUUCUUCUUCUUCUCUUUUCUAAGUUUUUGUUCUCCGGUCAUUUCAUUUUAGAGUCUAGAAAAAGGGAAAGAAUACAACAGAAAUCAGAAUAUUAACUCAAUCACUUUUUCUACUCCUAUUUUCCAAAAAAAAACAAACAAACAAACGUGACAAAACGCCAAACAAAAAUUUGUAAAUAAAGUCAAGUGUACAGUUUGUAUCUGUAAGUCGUCAGUCUGUCAUUGGUGACAGAGUCUGUCUUGCUUAUAACGCACGCUACCAGUAAAUAACAACAGAAAAAAAAAGUAUAUUUAGACUGUAUGGUCCCCUUGAAAAGCAAGUUUUAAAUUAAUAUCUGAUGUAUAUUCCUGUAACAUUGCAUUUUUAUCGGAGGAAUGAUGUUAUUAAAAAAUUGCAAAUAAAUUGCAUUUCCUACA